AUGUCCUCAUUUCCGAAUGAUAUAGCAGAGGAAUUCAGGCUCUAUUAUCAUUCCUUGUAUAAUCUGCCUGCACCCAAUGGAAACAUCCCGGAACUGAACGGGUCCACGCAAAUCAACAACUAUCUCCUUACUAAUGACAACAAAACGGUAAGCCCCGAGUCUGCAACCAUGCUGGAUGCACAAAUUGGAAUAGAAGAACUCUCUGCAGCUCUGAAAGGAACCAAA